GGAUGAGACAAGAUGGGGAGAUGUAUUUAAGGUCUCGUUGUCUCAACUGGAUACUCCUCAAGUUGAGUCAACAAGUCUAAGAGUAUCUCACACCCUCCUUGCCAUUUACCUUCCUUUUUAUCAUAUUUUCUCUCCUUUGUCUGGAUUGCAUUUAUAUAACAUAUACACUCCUUCGCUUCAAGCUUCAAUUAUCUUAUAAUCAUAGUCCAACCCAAACCCCCAACCCAAACCGACCUUAUCCUCGCAACCUCGAGCACACACACAAACCCAAGCACACCCACAUUCAUACAACAACAACAACAACAACAACAACCACCACCAGCCAAAAUGCCCCCCUACGGUCUCCUAGGCGCAACCUUCCUCAUCGCGCGCCUGAUCCAAAUGUGCAGCCUGAUCACCAUCAUCGGCCUCACAGCCAACUUCAUCUCGGAGAUCGUGUCCAACAACGCCACACCCCCGGCCAUCUUCAUCGGCACCAUCACAGUAACAAGCAUCGCCGUAAUCUACGCCCUAAUCACCACAAUCCUCUACUACGACAACAUCCUCCCCUUCCUGGCCGCCGCCGUGCUGGACACGCUGAUCCUCAUCGCCGUGAUCGUGGUGGCCGUCAUCCUGGGCAAACCGCUCUCGUACCUGCAAUGCACCAAGAUCGGGAGCAGUAGCAGCAACGACUCGUCGGCAUACACCUUCGCCACGCAUCUGAGCAGUUACCUCGACCAUCUGGAUGGUAAAGUCAACUACACCAAUUGGAUCGGGGCGACGAAGGCCGUGUGCUUGGAGGCCAAGUCGAUUUGGGGGCUGAGUAUUGCGUUAUGUAUCAUGUUCUUCUUCUCCGCAAUCUGCGGGAUCGUCCUCUGGCGACAGAAGAAGACGGCCGGGGUGGAGAAGUUGGAGGGGUGAAGAGAAACGAAGGUGAAGGUCAGAGGUGAUGCUGCCAGAAAAUGGAGUGAUGGCAUAAUGAAAGGAUGAGUAAUGCUGACUUGCUGCUCGGAGUAAUGGAUCACUGAUAUGCUGAUGAGGAGAAACGCUUGUUUGUAUGUACUGUACCACAACCGGAGACCUCUCUUCCUAUGUCUCAUUUGUGUUCUCAGGUUUGUCGUUUGGACCUCCCUCCUGCCCCUUCCCUUUUGUCUUUCUUUUGUUCAGUGGUGCUUCCAGUGAUGUACUUUCAAUUCUGUUUUCGAUAUUUUCUUUCAGCCUUAAUACUCCUGCUAGUACUCCCACCCACCCCCGCAUCAUAUAUACUGUUACCAAGAUAAUCUAGUGCAA